UCGUGCAGUUUGAACUGGACGUGGUGGCUUUGGUCUUUUCUUUUUAAUUUUAGCGAAGAAACUGAAAAUGGCUAGUGAUAUUUCUGAACAUUGUUGGUGGAAUUCUGCGCGCACAUACUUCCUUCAACGAUGCAGAUGGGUUCUCCAGGGCUUCCUCAUUUUAUUUGUCUCGGCGAGCUUGACCAUCGGUCAGCAGUCGUCGUCGGAGAUGUCUACUACUAGUACUAGAAAUACAUUACCAACGCCGGCGAAUGCAGACGCUAGUCCAACGACGACACUCACAUCGACUAGCUCUCUUCCAUCGAAUUCUGAUCCCAGAACCAGUGAAUGUGUCUGUGAUCUAUACGUAGGUUUAUGUGAUGUCAAUUGUUGUUGUGAUCCCGACUGCAGUGCAGUGGAUAGAACGGCUUUCUCCACAUGCAUUGAUAUUACAUUCAAAGGAGCAGUGACGUCUUGUGUCUCGUCGUAUUUAGUGGCUGACAGCAACAGUGGCUAUCAUACUGUCCGCGAUGAAUCGAACAGCUUAUUCUGUGUCUCUGUCGACAAUAACCCAGCAAGGCUGUCGUAUGUCUCACCCGAUAAUGUUAACGAUGCUGCUACUUUUCGCCAAUUGGUCAGCAAGUAUGGAGCAUCAACUUCCCUAACAACUAGUCCAUCAGGGCCAGUUUGGCAGCAAGCAUAUUACCAGUCAGCUGAUCCUAUUAUGGUUGUGUCUCCAUCAGAUGGGCGAGGCUGGCUUGCUAUUCCAGCUGCGUUUGGAAGUAGGCUGGAAUGCACGGACUUCAACCCAGCCCAGUUCCUACUGCCCGCGGAGAGUACUUGUCGGCGAAGAAUAAGUAACAUUGAGACAUGUGCUGGUGUGUCGGCAUUAUCUGCCAUGGCAUACAUCAGCGAUUUCCGUGUGGCAAGAAACCCGGUUGUUUAUGAACCCACACCUAGUCCAGAGCAAGCUGUAGGCAGUGCAGCUGGUCCAGACGCCUAUGCGAGUGGUGACGCAGGAACAGCAGCUACACAGGCCAGUACAAGCAGUAAUACUACAUCCCAGCAGAGUACAGUGUACAAUAGCAGUCAAGUGCUCCCGGUUACCAUCGGUUCUGUUUUGUGUCGGAGUGUGGACGGUAGCCUUGGUGUCUGCACUGACAAUGCUACCGCUAUACCGACACCAGUUUAUGAUGCUUCGACACUAUCCUGUCACAACGUCCUUGAACAACUAGUGUACAAGCUAGCUUACAACACCCGUGGUGGAAUUGACAGUGUUUCUAUUGACGUAAUUCUGGCAAUAGUGCAAGGUAAGCAGUCGUUUGUGGAGCAGCAGUUCUCUAUCUCGUAUGCGAAGGCAGGUGAGAGCAGAAGCGGUGUGUUCCAACGCUCUGGAAACCCAGGUUAUCAGCGGGGAAAUCCUGUCCUAGCUGGAAGAUUACAGUCAGGACUCCAAGAGACUGUUCAGGCUUUCAAUGAAACACACAAUGAGACGGCUGUCGCAGGCAACUCGUACAUUGAGCUAAGUUCUAAUGCGGAGGAAUGGCUUUCCACGAAGCAACAUACUGUAGACACCAAAUCCACGGGUAGAAGCUGCACCCAGUCACCAUUGCAAAGUAAUGUUGUGCGCUUUGGUGAAGACCAGCGGUCUGGCUGUCUUGUGUACUAUGAUGCUAAUAACAUCACUCAGUAUUGCUCAGUUCUACAGGCCUUGUCUCGAUCUAUUCUUGCAGCACCAUCUGAUCUUACUCAUGUUGGUCAGUUUGGCAAUUCUCUACCAAGCAACAUUAGUAGUUGGGUUCCAAUACUGCUUGCUGAACGUUCUACGCCCCAAACGUUGGGGUCAGGAUUGCAAUGUCCCAAUGUUCGUGUUGGACUUGACCUAGAAGUACUCUUUGCAAAAACAGGUCUUCUAAGCAACCCACAGUACAGAAUUGUUGGUGUGCAAUAUACAUAUCACUAUGCUUCUGUUUCAUAUCAGUGCUAUAACACCAUGUGUUCGAAUUCAUUGCGCUCUGAAACCCAAACUGUAGAGUUGGUGUCCUCAACCACGUUUAUUGAUGUUUCCGCACCACCAUUGCCGCAGUUAAGGGAAAUUCCAAUUGCUGGUGGUCAGCUUCCGUAUGAUUUCUUUUAUCCCAUUGUGCAAUCUGCAGCAGCCAGUACUGCUCGUAUAGCUUCUUUGAUGGUCUGCUUUCUUGUCGCGUUUGUCAUUAUAAUGUAGUAUUUUGUAAUAGCGAAUUAUAAUGGAGGACUGCUGGUCUUUCCGGAAUCUUGAUUACACAGUAUUCUAUUUAUUGAGCUCCCGCCAGAAGUCUGGGUUGUGCAUCUUGCCUUGAGUAGCAUCAUUCUUGACCGCAUCUACCAUACCUGUGGAUGUUCUAUUACCACUACCGGUAUCUUCUCUCAAGCUCAGAUUCUUGGCCGGUACGAAUUGAUAUCAAAAAAUGCAGCUAUAAUGAUCUUCACUCAUCAUCAUGUUAGUACCGUAUACCUUUACCCCUCAGCGCUGUCUUUUUGGCAUAUGUUUCAUGUACCUACCUGUUCAUGGUCUUUCAGUGACUCGACUCGGUGUGUUACACA